AUGUACGAUUUCCCAUCAUCAUCGUCCUCUCCCAGAAUUCCCCACAUCAUCCACCAGACCUACAAGACCGAGGCUAUACCGAUGGAUUUCCAGAAGAAUGUACAGUCUUGUAUGCGUUUCAAUCCAAACUGGAAGUACAUCUUUUGGACCGACGAGACUGCCAGACAAUUGAUACAGGCUAUGUAUCCAGACUUCCUAGUGGUUUGGGACAAUUACAGAAACAACAUAAACAAGGCGGACGCUCUCAGAUACUUUGUUCUGUAUGAAUUCGGUGGAAUCUAUGCUGAUAUAGAUUUUGAGUGCCUACGACCUCUUGACCCGGUGACUCGGAAGUACGCCGUCAUUUUCCCGUUGGACAUUUUUAAACACAGCGAAUUUCGGUUAAAGAGCCCCUUCCUGCUGAACAACGCGAUUAUGAUGUCAAGACCGAGGCAUCCCUUCUUGAAGCACAUGAUUGACAAUCAGCAAGCGUCCCAGGCCUUGUUUGAGCAGCUUGACGUCGCCGGUCCCUGUUUGGUAACAACGAAUUUCAUCAUAUAA